AUGAUCGAUCACACACAGAUGUGCGUUGCCGCAGAGGACCACAAAGCCACUGUGGCCUUCUACGAAGAAGUUCUCAAACCCAUUGGCUACGAGAAGCUCCUAGUCUUCGGCCCCAACGGCGAAUACGUCGGUUUCGGCGACCGCGGCAUGCAACACCACCAAAUGCAUACGGACUGGUGGAUCAUUUCCAAGCCAGAGAAGACCCCCAAGACUCACCAUGCAUUCCGCUGCAAAGAUCGCGCGGCUGUGGAUACAUGGUAUGAAGCGGCCAUCAAGGCUGGCGGGAAGGACAACGGGAAGCCUGGGCUGAGGAGUCAUUAUCAUGCUAAUUACUACGGAGCGUUUGUGAUUGAUCCUGCUGGCAACAAUAUCGAGGCUGUCUGUCAUGAUCCUCAGUAG